AUGAGUAGAAAACAAACAUCUUCUAAGUAUCAUUUAAAAUUUACCUUAUAAUAGAUCACCUUAGAUAACAAAAUCUAUUCAUAAGUAGAGUAAAGACUCUGAUUCUAGUUCUUCAGAAAGGAGGUAUGGCAAAUUUUGGAAACCUAAUGAGGAUUCUUAAUUAAUGGAAUUGCACAUUCGGCAUAACGGAAACUGGAAAUUAAUUGCUGAAGACAUUCCAGGACGAAAUCUGAGUUAGUGUUAAUAAAGAUGGAAAAGAAUUAAUCCAAAUAAAGUAUUUUUGUAUCUAUUUUUUGACUAAACUUCGAAAAUAAUGGACAGAUUUAGAAGAUUAAGAAGUUAUAAGACUAGUUAAUGAGCAUGGUCGUAAUUGGAAAUUGAUUG